CAGGGUGCGGCCUGGCCGGUGGGGGUCGCGGGCGCAGCUUCCUAGAGGGCGGGCACAGCCCAGGCUCGGCUCGGCUCGGCUCGGCUUGGCUUCUCUGCGUCUCCCGCCUUCCAGGGACCCCGGCGGGACCGCUGCCCGCGUCCCGGAAGCUGCUGUUGAACCAUGUUUUUUACUUGUGGGCCCAAUGAGGCCAUGGUGGUCUCGGGGUUCUGUCGGAGCCCCCCAGUCAUGGUGGCAGGAGGCCGAGUUUUUGUCCUACCUUGCAUUCAGCAAAUCCAGAGGAUCUCUCUCAACACAUUGACCCUCAAUGUCAAGAGUGAAAAGGUUUACACUCGCCAUGGGGUCCCCAUCUCAGUCACGGGCAUAGCCCAGGUGAAAAUCCAGGGGCAGAACAAGGAGAUGUUAGCAGCUGCUUGCCAGAUGUUCCUGGGAAAGACAGAGGCUGAGAUCGCCCACAUUGCACUGGAGACACUGGAGGGCCACCAGAGGGCUAUCAUGGCCCACAUGACUGUGGAGGAGAUCUAUAAGGACAGACAGAAGUUCUCAGAGCAGGUUUUCAAAGUGGCUUCCUCAGACCUGGUCAACAUGGGCAUCAGCGUGGUUAGCUACACUCUGAAGGACAUUCACGAUGACCAGGAUUAUUUGCACUCUCUGGGGAAGGCUCGCACAGCACAAGUCCAAAAAGAUGCUCGGAUUGGGGAAGCAGAGGCCAAGAGAGAUGCUGGGAUCCGGGAGGCCAAGGCCAAACAGGAAAAGGUGUCUGCCCAGUACCUGAGUGAAAUUGAGAUGGCUAAGGCACAGAGGGAUUACGAGUUGAAGAAGGCCACCUAUGACAUCGAGGUUAACACCCGCCGAGCGCAAGCUGACCUAGCCUAUCAGCUUCAGGUGGCCAAGACAAAGCAGCAGAUCGAGGAGCAGAAGGUGCAGGUGCAGGUAGUGGAGCGGGCCCAGCAGGUGGCGGUGCAGGAGCAGGAGAUUGCCCGCCGGGAGAAGGAGCUGGAGGCCCGGGUGCGGAAACCUGCGGAGGCCGAGCGCUACAGGCUGGAACGCCUGGCAGAGGCUGAGAAGUCUCAGCUGAUCAUGCAGGCUGAGGCGGAGGCCGAGUCUGUGCGGAUGCGUGGUGAAGCUGAGGCCUUUGCCAUCGGGGCCCGUGCACGCGCCGAGGCUGAACAGAUGGCCAAGAAGGCAGAGGCGUUCCAGCUGUACCAGGAGGCUGCCCAGCUGGACAUGCUGCUAGAGAAACUGCCCCAGGUGGCCGAAGAGAUCAGUGGUCCCCUGACCUCAGCCAAUAAGAUCACGCUGGUGUCCAGUGGAAAUGGUACCAUAGGGGCGGCCAAAGUGACUGGGGAAGUAUUGGACAUCCUAAGCCGCCUGCCAGAGAGUGUGGAGAGACUCACGGGUGUCAGCAUCUCUCAGGUAAACCACAACAAGCCUUUGCGGACAGCCUGAGCCCUCGGCCCUCGCUAGUGCCCAGCCUCGUGCUAAAGUGACCUGAACGAACUCACUGCAUGCCCCUCACCUGGCUUCCCUGAGCAUGCCCUUUGGCAGUGGGACACCCUCUUCUCUCCUUGCCAAAUAGCCUGUGCCUUGCUGUGGAGGACUUGUUCCCCUUCCCAGCCCCACACUGCCAUGAAUGACAGUGCUCCAAAGACCCCAUGUCAGGUUUUGAUGCCACUGUACCCCACCCGGGCUAUUUAACUUCCUAAUUAAAUCAGACUCUACAUUGA